AUGGACUACCCACACAUCCCAACCGUCACCAGGGCUUACACCGCUGCCUGUCUGAUAACUACUGCUGCUGUGGAAGCUGAAAUCAUUAGUCCUUUCCUGCUUUACUUUAAUCCCGAGCUAAUCUUCAGAAAACUGCAGAUAUGGAGACUAAUAACCAACUUUCUAUAUUUCGGGCAUCUGGGCUUCAGUUUCUUCUUUAACAUCAUUUUUAUGUACAGAUAUUGCAAAAUGCUAGAAGAAACCUCAUUUAGGGGGCGUACUGCAGAUUUUGUAUUCAUGUUUCUUUUUGGAGGAUUCCUCAUUACUCUUUUUGGUCUUUUUUUCAGCCUCUCUUUCCUUAGCCAAGCCUUUACCCUUAUGUUAGUGUAUGUCUGGUGCCGCAGAAAUCCUUUCAUUCGAAUUAGUGCCUUUGGCCUGGUCACACUUCAGGCUCCGUUUCUGCCCUGGGUUCUUUUGUGUUUCUCUUUGCUAAUAGGAGACUCCAUCCUUGUUGACUUGCUGGGCAUUGCAGCUGGACAUAUUUACUUUUUUCUAGAAGAUGUUUUCCCAAACCAGCCUGGAGGAAAAAAGCUUUUAGCUACCCCUGCUAUUUUGAAGCAAAUAUUUGAUGUGCCAUUAGCAGAUCCCAACUAUAAUCCACUACCAGAGGAUAUUGUAAACAGAUUGCACCAAGACCAGCCACCUCCAGAGGCCCAGGACUGA